ACAUUUCAACAAAUGUACAUUCAGUAUCUGAGUCUGAGCAAUACCGAACUCUGAUGAAUUUUUUUAUUAGAACUCAAGAACGUUUUCGUAAAUUUCUCUCCCGAGUUCUACCAUACAAUAUGCCCGUGGAUUUCAGUUCUGUUCUUGCUUCUGGUUUCGUUGGACGCGCGUUGAUAAACAUUUUUUUCGGUUCGAAUGUUCGCUCAUUCGUAGACUGAUUGAUUCAUUGUGGCCUGAUUUGAUUAUCUUGAAUUAUUGUUGUUGAAUAGUCAAAAGAAAAAUAAAUUAAAUGAAUCCUUUUUAGUCGGGCUCCAAAAAUUUAACUUCAAAAGUGAUUUAGUGAUUUGUAUCUUUGAGGGGCUACCAUUCAAAAAUUUAUUCCAACGGUCAAAUUGUGAUCAACGCGAAUUGAAAUUUGUAUAUUGACUCCUUGAUUGAGCUUUAUUAAAUUUACUUCACAGUAACAAUGGAUGUGAAAUAAUUUAAGCUUGCACUCAACGUAGUUUUGGUGAAUUGUAAUGUAUCUAAAAUUACAUGGUAAAAUGGGUCAGACAUUAAUCAAUUUCUAUCGCCACCAGAAGUGGAAGUUGUGAAUAAUUCAUCACAUUAAUGUAAAAAGAUAUCAAAAGGGAUAAUCUAGGAACUAUCCCAGUGCGGACAGAACAUGUCACCUGUUUUGAAAUUUUAUAGAAUCUAUCACAAUCGAGAAUUUGGCAAGGCACCGCUUUAGGGUGCUGCAGAUAAACGUGUUCUAACAUAUAAGCACAUGGGUGGAUGUUCGUGAGAAUGCAUAACAUAUUUUUUUAAUAAAAAUGUGACUGCUUAGUGUAUCUAUAAGAUAUUGUGUUUGUGAACUCAGUAAAAUGUUUUUAAAUCAUUGUGAGAAAUAAAGUGCAAUUUUUUAUGCUUUAACUUGAGAGAAGGAAUUUAAAUAAAAUUUUUAGAAAUACUCCUUUGAUAUACUGAACAUCUUAAAUCCUCUACAACACGGGUUGAAUUAUCGGUUCUGUGAGUUAACGUUCUCAUUUAUAAAUAUAUUUGUGUGUUUCGAAUUUAUUUAGUAAAAUAUUUUAAAACUCGUGUAAUAAUUUUAAAAUAAAUAUCGAAAUGGCGGGACUGUUUCGAUUUAAUACGACAAAUAACUCAACACCUAAACGGCGGACUACGUUGAGUCCAUUUUGUACAAGUCCGGGACAACUCCAAGAUGUCACUAUGGAUAAUACUUAUGCUCUUGGAUACCGAUCGCCUAGCAUGAGUUUACAGCAUGGGGGCAAUGCAUCACCGGGGCAAGGUCGCUCCGUUCGGGAAUUCGAAGAGCAGAUGGCUUCUUUACGGAACGAAAAUUUCAAUCUGAAACUUCGAUUGUAUUUCGUGGAACAAAAGGUACCCGGGUACAAUUCAUCGGCAAAUUCAUCAUCAGAUGGCCAGGAGAGUCUUUUGAAGCAGAAUGUCGAUCUUAAGGUUGACAACGAAAUUUUGAAAAAAGAACUCCAGCAAAAGCAAUCGCUUCUAUGUGAAGCAGCCAAGGCCAUGGAACUGAUGGAGGAACAACAGAAAGAGAACGAUGAAAAAAGCCACGGAAUUAUUGAGGAGUUGAAUCAAAGAAUUCAGUAUUUGGAGGAAGAGAACAAGCACUUCGAGAGGUCAGCAGGCCAACAGAACAUGGAUCAACUAAUGGGACGCAGCGAUCUUAUGGGAGACGUUGACAUUCUACAAAAAGUUCGCGAAUUGGAAGGACAAGUUAAACACUAUGAAGCAAAGACUGACGAAUUGAUUAGUAAACAGACCGAAUUGGAGCAACUCGUCGCGAAUAAAGAUGAGUCAUUAACAGAUCGGGAGAACACCAUCAAACAACUGGAGUUUCAAAUUGCUGAACUCCAAGAACAACUGGACGAAAAAGCCAAGGAUACAGCUAGUUUGGAGAAAAAAUAUGAAGAUCGCACUAGAAAAUUGACAAGCGAAAAAGAAACCGAAGCAAUGAAAUUAUCCUCUGAAAAUAAAUCCUUGCAUAUGAGCCUAGACAAACUUAAAGCUGAAUUAGAACGAGAAAAAUUGAAUUUCGAGGAUCGCAAUAAAAAAUUGAAAGAACAGCAACGUCUAAUGGAAGAGAUGCAAAAUACUAAGCUGAAGGAAGAAUUAUAUGAAUGCAAGAGUCAGCUGGCCAAUAAGAUUUGCGAACUGAGCACUGUGGAAGAACGGCUCCAAGAAAAGACGACUUUAUAUGAAAAAUCCUGUAAAGCCAUACAGAAACUGAUGCAGAACACCAAAGAACUUCAACAUGAAGUUGACAAAUUAAAAAAAUCGAGCGGCUCUCAAACAAUGUCGUACAUAAAAGAGAAUACGGAAUCCACGUACGGGACAGACCCAACUGGACUCUGCGAUAGUAACGUCAAUGCCAGCACAUCGCCGACUAGAAAACUUGAGGCUAUGUUAGUUAAGAAGGAUGCCGAGAUUGUCAAUUUGAAACAGGAGGUUAAGAGAAAGACGGCCAAUUUACAGACCCUCAUCAACAAAGAACUGUGGGAGAAAAAUCGCGAAAUCGAGCGCCUAACUAAACUAGUCAAAUCAAAUGGUCGAACAUCGAGCAGUCCCGUACGAGAGGUAGAUCCACUGCAACACUCAUUCAGUGAUUCAGAUUACAUUCACGCAUUAGAGCAGAAUAAACGCUUGCAACUGAAAGUGGACAAGUUAAUACAAAAACUAAGUGUUGUAAAUGAGCGAAAUACGGAUCAAUCUAUUCAGCAACUGAAGCAACAAUUACGCGAAGCCCGAGAGGACGCGGAACGUGCCGAACGCUGGCGUAAAGAAUGUGCUGAUCUGUGCAGCGUGUUAACCGAGCGACUUGAAGAAUUGGCUGGCUUCUUAGAUUCACUACUCAGUCACAAGGAUAUUCUCGGAUCACUGGGUGCUGAUCGCAGAAAAGCUAUGCGAAAGGCUGUAGAGCGAUCCUUGGAGCUAUCGAGAAGCUUGAACAGCAUGUCUCUAUCACUCAGUGUAACUUCAAUAGGCGAUCACGGUCUGGAGAUUCUUGGAAACAUAACCAGCAUCUUGGACCAGACUUCUGAUAAGGAAAAUCGAACUUUCAAUUGCUUAAAUGAGCCUGCAAACUCGAGAAAUAAUCAAGUUAUUGAGAGCCUCAGAGCUGAAGUGAAAGCUUUGAAGAAAGAAUUGGAGAAAAAGAAAGCGCCAGACUCGGCUAAAAAAGAGAGACGCAGUCUUCCAAGUAAGUUUGAUAAUCAAUCUGAAUCAGAAGCAUGGUCUGAGCCAGAUAGAAAUGUUUCCAUGGCACGGAUAGGCCUGGAAGAAUCUCUUGGGGCAAAAAUAGUGGCCAAAGCUACCAAAGAAAGUGGUACCGGAAACACCAGCACUGAUAGCCUAGCCGAUGUGACCCGCAAAAGCAAAGCUAAACAACACGAUAAAAUCACUCAAUUAGAACAAAUCAUUUCUCAGAAGGAAAAUAGAAUUUUACAAGCGCAAUGUGACUUAGUGGAUGCUGAUAACAGACUUAAGAAGGAAACAUUGCGAAGACUUGAAAUCAAUGACGAGUUAGAAAAGCAUCGCAAACUCAACGCCAAGUUAGAAGCUGAAAUGAAAAUGUUGAAAGAGCAGACAAGUAAUUACGAGGCAUUUGCCGGUGAAGUGGAUCAGUACAAGAAGCAGAUUGAAGAGAAGCAAGCGGCUCUCGACAAAGUCACUCUUCUGCGCGAUCAACUAACCGCCGAUAUUCAUGUGGCUGAAUCGAAGAUGCAGUCGCUAAGUGAGGAGUACGACGCUUUGAAACAAAACUACGAGCAUGACUUAGAAGCGGCAGUGCUGAAAGAGCAGGAAAAAAUGAAUGCCAAGGAAAUCGAGUUAUCUCGAAAAUAUGAAGAAAAACUUGAACAAAUCGAAAAUAAUCACAAAGAAUAUCUGGCACGCGAAUGGAUAUCAAGAGUAAUCUAUGAACAAACUAAACGUGAACUAGAGGAUGUCCAGAAGAAACUAACUGAAGCACAAUUCACCGUUGACUUCUUACGUGAAAACGAGACUGAACUUAAUGAACAACUAAUUGAGAAUGAGAAGCAGCGACGAACUCUGAAACAAAAUCUAGAUGAGGCUACAUUGCAGUCAUCUAAGAUUGUUGUUGAACGCACAAAAGCCGUUACAGAGAAACUUCAACUCGAGGCACAAUUACAAGAACUAAUGACAGAGCUAACAACUAUCAAGCAUGAACGAGAUUUAAUUUUGGAGCAAAACAACAUUCUGCACAAUCAAGUAAUGAAUGCCACGGCGGAGAUUAAGAAAGCAGUCAAACGAACUUCCAGUGGUAGCGAUCUGUCGCAUACAAGAUCCGGAUAUACGUCGGAAGAUGCAGCUAUUGCGGCGAUCAGUAGGAACGAGCGAAACGUGGUCCAACGAUUGGAUAACUCUUCGCCCGACUUGGGUAUUGAAAGUGAUGCUGGGCGUACAUCGAGUACCGACCAUGGAGCUGGUAUCGUGGAGAACGCUUACAGAGCGGUGCUGAGGCCUAAAGCGGAAGUACAUCCUUUGAAUAUUGUCGAUGAAGGAGGUCAAGGCGUGUCCAGCACAACAAGCACUAACCCUGCUCAAUCUACUAAAAUCGAUGCAACUAACAGCAACAGUAGCACCGUUGCACUAGAAACAACAGUUUCCGUGACCGGUCAUGAUUGCGCCAGAGUGGAUCAGGAGAAUGCCGAAUUGCGGCGAAAGGUCAUCCGUCAAAAACGUGCCUUGGAGAAUACAUGGAAUAGCUUACGUGCGGCCAAUCAGCGUAAGGAACAGAUCGAGCAUGGCAUCCGGCUGCAAAUUCUCAAAACACAAAACGUGUUGAACUGUGUUCGCACAAACAUCGAAACUGAACUAGCAACCCCCAAAAAGGAGAGCCCACAAAAGUAAAACGGUUUCUCUCUCUGCCUGCGUUUUUACUACUUCCGUACUCAUCAUCUUCUAAUACCAUGACUGCGAAUGUUUAAGUUUUAUCCGUUUCACUGAACCUCAAAAACUGUAAUUAAUACCAGGACCUUAAGCGAAGGAGUUAACGACUCGGAAGGGACACCAUAACAAAACGGAAUGCAGAGAAAUGCACAUAUUUUUUUUACUAAAAUGUACUAUGAAAACAUUACUCGUGCCAUUCAUAUUGAAUGAACUUUUUAAUUUACUUUACUUUAGUUGGUAUAGAUUUCGCUGAUAAUUUCAGUUUCUUUCAUUUUUCCUGCUCAGGAUCAGAUUAACGUCCGGCUCACUUUGACCAUGCUCAAUUGUGAAAAAAUCUUCAUUUUCAAUCACAUCCUAAAUUUUUGUUUGGCAGAUGCAGAUGUUAUUUAUUUUAUUGUGAGAAUGAUUUCGAACAAAUUCUUAAUUAAGAAAACUAAAAGACUUUGAGGCCCGUCAAUGUAAGAAUGUAAAAAUGAUUUUUCAAUGAUUAGAUCUAAAUGGAUGUAUUUAUUUAUUGUGCCAUUUUGUAAUUUUGCUGUAUCGAUAACGACUAAGAUGGAUGUAAAUGAUUUUGUUUUAUCUGCCUAAGUUACAUCUAUUUCUUUAGUAUUUCUUUUAAAUGAUGGUCCGAAUGCUCAAACAUUUUUUUUAUUUUAUUGUCAGCUUUUAUUUCUUUCUUUAGAAUUAUUGUUAAAUGUAAUUCUCAUUGUGUUAACUAUUUGAAAAGAGAAUAUACUGAUUUGAUUUUAAUUGAGAUAAGAA